UCUCAAGUCUCAAGUCUCACCAUUUUCCAAUUAUCCAAGUCAUCGGUUCGAACAACAAAACCAUGAGCGACCUCCCUCCAUAUCCGCCGCUCGAUCCCACCACCUACGACCUCAUCAUCGUCGGCACCGGGGUUCCCUCAUCCAUCCUCGCCGCCGCCGCUUCGUCCUCCGGCACCUCCGUUCUCCACCUCGAUCCCAACCCCUUCUACGGCUCCCACUUCGCAUCCCUCUCCCUCCCCGAUCUCACCUCCUUCCUCCGCUCAAACUCCCUCUCCCCUCCCCCUCCUCCGCCGUCAGACAAUCCCGACUUCCUCUCCGUCGAUCUCGCCACCCGAUCCUUGUACUCCUCCGUCGAGAUCGCGACCUUCGACUCCUCGAUCCUCGACGAACGCCAUUCUCGAAAGCUCAACGUCGACCUGUGCGGUCCUAGGGUUCUCUUCUGCGCGGACGAGUCGAUCAACCUAAUGCUGAGAUCGGGAUCCAACAACUACGUGGAGUUCAAGAGCGUCGACGCGAGCUUCGUCGGGGACUCGAGCGGAGAGCUGAGGAGCGUCCCCGAUUCGAGAGGCGCGAUAUUCAAGGAUAGGAGUUUGGCUCUGGCGGAGAAGAAUCAGUUGAUGAAGUUCUUCAAGCUUGUUCAGGCUCACUUGGCUGCUGCUGCUGCUUCCUCCACGGAGAGCGAUGAGGGGGCGGUUAAGAUUACGGAGGAAGAUAUGGAGACUCCGUUUGUUGAGUUCUUGGCUAAGAUGCUUUUGCCUCCCAAAAUCAAAUGGAUCAUCUUGUAUGGCAUUGCGAUGGUAGACUAUGAUCAAGACAAUGUGGAAGCUUGUGGAGAUUUACUCAAGACUAGAGAGGGGAUAGCUCGAUUGGCUUUGUACAUUACAUCUAUUGGCAGAUUUUCAAACGCAGUUGGGGCGUUGAUAUAUCCUAUUUAUGGACAAGGAGAGCUUCCACAAGCCUUUUGCCGUAGAGCCGCUGUGAAAGGAUGCAUCUAUGUUCUCCGGAUGCCUAUUACUGCUCUGCUUUUAGACAAGGAAACUGGGGGUUACAAAGGGGUUAGACUAGCUACGGGUCAAGAGAUAUUCAGCCAAAAGUUGAUUCUUGACCCAUGUAUUACUCUUGGAUCGGAGUCAAUGUCGUCAUUGACUGAUCAGCAGAAAGAAACUCUUCGUGUUCUUGUGCCAAAGUCGAUAAGCAGCGAGGCGAAAAUAGCUAGAGGAAUUUGUAUCAUUAGAGGUUCUGUGAAAGCUGGUAUAUCAAACGCUCUUGUCGUAUAUCCACCCAAAUCUUUGUUUCCUGAACAGUUAGUUGCGAUUCGGGUUCUGCAGCUUGGUAGUGGUUUAGCAGUUUGUCCAGCUGACAUGCAUGUUUUAUAUUUUUCAACUGUGUGUGACAACGAUGAUCAAGGGAAAGCUGCACUGUUAUCAGCCAUGAGUACUCUCAUUAGACCGCAGGUUCCUGAGAAUAGUGAAAGCGAAUCAGUAGUCGAGAAUGACAAUGUUGAAGCAAAACCUGUUGUACUCUGGAGAGCACUGUACGUGCAAGAGCUGGUCAAGGGUGAAUUUGGAGGUAGUAUCAGCUCCGCGUCUAGUCCAGAUGGAAAUUUGAACUACAAUGAGCUUGUGGAAUCAGCCGUGAAGCUAUAUGAGCAUGUUAUGGGGAGUGAAGAAUUGUUUAAAGAAGAAACUUCGCCGGACAACGCAACAGAGGAGGAAAACGAUGGUGGUGUUGAAAUAGAAGCUAUGUGAUAUCUCUCAUAACAUAUGUAGACUUUAGUUCACAAGUGAAUUUUUUCCUAUACAAAGACGAUUCUCUGUUUUGGCAUUUAUUUUUAUAUAAACGAUUUCAU